AACCUUCUGCUUUGACGCAAGCUAGAGACCGGGAGAGGAGGGAAACGUCAACCCUUAAAUCAAGGACUCAAGCUUCAGCACAGUCAAUUUCUACGCUGCAUAAUAUAACGUAUAUAAAAUUGAGCUCUUCUUGCUGCAAGGAUGACCUGUUUGUGUUAUAGAGCUCUUUUUCUCAUCUGCUUUACAGCACAGGUGUUGACAGUAGCCUGGUCCCAAGUAUGUCCACGGAGGUGCAAGUGCCAAGAGGAGCCCCCGAUCUGUGACCCCGGUGUGCCCCUUAUCCUGGAUGACUGCGCCUGCUGCCUCACGUGCGCUCGUCUGAAAGGUCAGGCGUGUUCGGAAAUGAACCCCUGCGACACACGGAAAGGCCUGCAGUGUGACUACACCGCUGGCAAAAACAAAAACACGGGCAUAUGUGUCGUUCACGAAGGAGAAGUCUGUGUUCUGGAUGGUACAGUCUACCAGAACGGCCAGACCUUCUUCCCCAGCUGCAAACACCAGUGCAUGUGCCGGGACGGGCAGAUUGCCUGCAUACCGCGCUGCAACAUUGAUGUCAUGCUGCCCGGACCUGAUUGCCCUGUGCCACGCAAGGUCCAGGUUCCUGGAGAAUGCUGUGAGAAGUGGGUGUGUGAGCCCCAGGCUGAGGCCAGCGCACUGGGAGGCUUUGCUAUGGCAGCCUUUCGCCAAGAGGAAACAGUGAGCUUUGAUUCGUGGGACCCCAGUUUGAACUGCAUCGAGCAAACCACCGAAUGGGGUGCCUGCUCUCGGACCUGUGGAAUGGGGGUAUCCACCAGGGUCACCAAUAAGAACCGCCGUUGUGAAAUGGUGAAACAGAGCAGGUUGUGCAUGAUCAGACCCUGCGAUGACCAGGAGGAGCAGACAGCGCUCUCACAGCCAAAGAGAGGCAGUAAGUGUCAGAGGAUGGUACGGAGCGACACCGCCCUCCAGCUCUCCUACAAGAACUGCACUAGCGUCCAGGCCUACAAACCUCGAUACUGUGGCUCCUGCACAGAUGGUCGCUGCUGCACCCCACACAGAACCAAGACUGCCUUGGUGGAGUUCACGUGCGCUGGCGGUAAAACCAGCAAACGACCGGUCAUGGUGAUCAUGACCUGCGUCUGCCACAGCAACUGCCCACGAGACAACGCGGUGUGGCAGCCUUCGGAGCUGGGCUACAGUGGUAUGACGUUAUAGGUCAUUAACUGCAUAUAUAUUUAAGAAUUUCCUAUGAGUUGGACAAAUUUUUGUUCAAAUUCUUUAACAUGAGUUGUAUCAACUCUUAACUGUAGCCCAAAGUAUGCAAAAUAAUUGGUGAUGUGCAAAAAUGAGAGUCAAUUCCUCAUCAGAAUGAAAGCACUUAUGAUAUAACGAGUCUCUCCUGUUUUAGAGACUAGAUUAUAAAAAUGUGUAUGCUAGGAACUACAUUGUAAAUGACUGACAAAGCAUCCAGAGGGAAUUUAUGAGACAAUAUUGAACAGUCAACGCAAUGUGAGGGUUGUCUAGUUUAGUUGGAAUGCUGCAAUUAACCCCGUGGGUAUAUUAGUGUGGAAUAAAAACAAACAUUUAACCCUAGUUCUCAGAGUAAAAAGUAUUGCAUGACAAUGCUAACACAUGUUCUAAUUAUAUGCAUGCAGUUGACAAUUUCCAAGUAUUGGAUGCAUUUUUAGAAUAACUGAACAGUGCUCCCUGACAUGGCCCUAUAAAAAAAGGCUCAACCUAUCAUCAAAUGUCAAUAUUGGGACUUUGUGUCAUUUUUAACAUCUGCCUGAUAUCUCCCCUGGUAGCUUGUGGCCAUUAACACAAUAGUUGUUGUAUAUUGGAAGUGAAUGACAAUGGG